AUGUUUACCAGUGAUUUCAUCUUCGUAAUAUUAUUAUUGUUUCCAGUUUCAACAUAUGUCACAGCUAGAAUAACAUUAAAGCCUUGUUCAGAACUGUUAAUGGGGCAAUAUUGGUGCGAAGAGCCCGAAAUUUCACCGAUUACUCAGCUUCCUGAAACCUGUGAGAAGGAUAAUUCAAUUACAGUUGUUUGUGAAGUGGCAAAUGAAAUUGAUUGUAUAGGACUGGAUAACGGCACGAGAAAAUUUCUGAAACGUGUGCAAAAUGGAUGCGCCUAUUCAGCUGACGUUGAGCACAGUACUGCGUUGCUGUUAUCAGUAUUUUUUGGUUGGUUAGGUAUCGAUCGAAUUUAUCUUGGAUAUUAUGCUAUAGGAUUUCUAAAGAUGUUCUCAUUUGGUUGCUUCACAUUAUUGUACAUUGUGGAUAUCGUAUUAAUUGCGUUGCAAUUGCUAGGACCAGCUGAUGGUUCCGCUUAUCGGAUCAAUUUCUAUGGGCCAAAAGCGACACCAGUACGAUUCUCGAACGAUACAUAUGUUUCGCUCUAUACUUGUUUCGAUUGUUCACCAUAG